AUGAGCUCGAAACGGCGCAGUAUUUCAUCUACCGAAUGUUCAAUGAGCGCAUCAGAAAACGAGUAUGUAAACGUCACACGAUGCAUAGAAACACGUGACAGUUGUAAUACGUCAAAAUAUGGCUCAUUCUUGAAUAAGAAAAAAAAAACACGGAGACCAGAAGAGGGACUAUUUAGCUGGCAGACUGACAGGACAGGAAAAGAGGAAUGCAUCUCAGGGAGGAGAGAUGAAAUUUUGGAAACAAUCAAUGGAAUUACACAGCACAAGCACGUCACACUCCCGAAGAUAUUUCUGAAGAAACAGAAACAGACUUCUCGAGAAUCGCUCUUCUUUCUUCUUCCAGGGCAUCCUGAACCUGUGGAUCCUUUGUCUUACUUCACACUUUCAACCGAAUUGAAGGAAAUCUGA